AUGACGGGACUGAAUGGAAGAAGCUGUCAGGUUAUUGACUCACAUUUUUCGUCUCUCGUUCGAAGAGUCUCUUAUCUGAGCGCAAACAUCUUCACUGAGAGCACUCAGCAGAAGAGCUGCCUUCACGCGGUCCAGAGAGAAGUCACCAGCUCAGGCGCAGGCUACGCUGAUCACACGAGCAGAGGUCACAUCCUAAAUGAGGCCAAAGAUGGAGUUUCUAUGGCAACAAAAACCACGAGCAGGAAAAACAACCAGACCUGCACACACACACAGAGAGAGGAGUGUGCAGAACUCUACAAGAUCACCCCUGACCUCUCCCCUGCUAUCUCGCUGCACUUCAUGCUGCCUAAGGGCGAUUGUAGCGAGUUUGUGUGUUCUAAGGGUAUCAGUGUGACCUGCAGGUACUCCUGGCGCUACCAAAUAAAUGAAUUCAGCAGUCAUUACCACACGGUGGCGCUAGAUCUGCGCGGCUGUGGAGAGUCGGACGCACCAGACCGGCUGGAGGAAUACUCACUGGAGACACAUGACAUCAGAGACACCAUCGAUGAAUUGGGUCACACGAGAUGUAUCUUGGUGGGCCAUGACUGGGGUGGGAUGCUGGCAUGGCAUUUUGCACUGGAGCGGCCCGACAUGGUGCAGCUCCUCAUCGUCAUGAACGCCCCUCAUCCUGCCUCAUGGCUGGAUGCAGUUUUGAGAAGACCAUCUCAGCUGCUGCGCUCAGGACAUGUAUGUUUCUUUCAGUUACCGCUGCUGCCCGAAUUUGUUUUGUCUCUUGAAUAUUUUAAGUUGGUUCGAGGUCUAUUUUGUGGCACGAACGUGGGCAUCAAGAACAAAGCCAGCAGACUGACGGAGUCCCAGCUGGAGGUCUCACAGCCCCUCUGAGCUACUUCCGCUCUCUCCUCAGUAACACUCUGUACAAGCAUCAAGAAGUUGGUGUGCCCUGAAUGUUAAUUUGGGGUGAGGCAGACAAUAUACUGGUGGAGGGUAUGUCCGGUGGAACGAGGGCUUACGUAAGGGGUCCCGUCGUCAUUCACACGAUUCCCGAAUGCAGGCACUGGGUUCAGCAGGAUCAACCUGAGAUAGUCAACAAACUCAUAUGGGACUUUGUUCUGGAAAAAGACAUCAUAAAACACACUCAUUGAUUGCCUUUGGAUCACUUGGCGCAAUGACAAAUAUUUUUUUUUUCUCCGACAAGGUUUCAGAUUUUCACUGAAAAA